UCAGGAUUUUGGUAUAAUCCGAAUUUGUGAUUUUUUUUGGCCCAAGCGCAGGCUGUUUCCGAGCUCAGAGUAAUUGAGGUGGGUAUCUGAGAGGUCAGGACUAGUACGCCUAUUCGAGAAUUGAGACUCAUCACCUGCUUUUGUAUCUGAGGAAAAAAAAAAAAAUGUUCUGCCCGAUCAUCAACCAGGUUUAGUUUUUGGUGAGCUUGAGAAUCUUGAAUAUAUUAUUAGUACUUGAAACUUAAUGGCUUGCUCAAAGUACGUUUUACCUCAAGAAAUGACUAUGGAAAUACUUAAAAGGGUUCCGCUAAAGCCUUUGUUCCGGUGUAAGUCUGUUUGCAAGUCUUGGCUAUCUAUCAUCGCAGACCCCAGAUUCACUAAAACUCACUUUCAAUACCAACAGUAUAUGACUGACAAUGAAGCUUCACUAUUGAUGAUUGUUAAAUCAUAUUGUUUACCGCUACCUCCAUUAGUCUCUCCAGACUUUAAAUGUUAUCUAUAUGUGCCAGACAAUUUCAAAGUUAUUGGUUCCUGUCAUGGUAUUAUUUGUCUGGUGGACGAUGUACGUUGUUACCUCUGGAACCCAUUAACCAAGCAAUGCAAACAACUUCCUAAAUUUCUUCGGAAACAAGAGGCUAUCGUGAAUCGUCAGCAUCCAGGUAAUAUAGCCUUUUGUUUUGAUACUAUCUCCAAUGACUACAAGGUUCUGCGGCUUCUUUGCGAACUCAAUACUACUGGUGGGUUACCAGUUUUGCAGCUGUAUUCCACAAAUACUGAUUCUUGGCAAGAGAUUUAUGUUAAUGAUACAUCCCCAUCAAAAGUUCUGAGUUACCCAUAUAUUGAACUUGGACCUGUAAUAAAUGGGAUGAUAUACACGGGUCGGGUGGACUAUGUAGUUUCGUUUGACUUGCACACAGAGGUGUGUGCAGCAAUUCCAAUCCCCAGUUCCAUGAUAAGAUACUCAGAUAUUUUGGAUUUUGAAGGUUCGGCUGCUGUCAUAUUUGGAUCGGCCAGUAGAGGAUCAGAAGAUUCAGAACUUAGUCUAUUCACAUUAGAUAAUAUUGAUGGCAAAAUCUCUUGGACCAAGAUGUUUAAUAUUGUUCAAGAUGGCGUGGGUUGGAUAUAUUCUUGUUUGGGUAGUGGACUGCUUUAUGGAAGAAGAAGAGGUGGUGUUACUGUAUACUUCUUGUAUGACUACAGGAAGGAAGAUUUCAAAUAUAUGCCACUUUCAAAUAGCGCGGUGAUAAAAUUCCUUGAAUACACAGAGACCGCUGCUUCAGUCGAAGGGUUAAGUCAUGAUUUAUAUGGUUUCAAUAAAACCUUGUCCUUGCUAUAAUCGAAUGUUUCAGAACUUGUUGGGUGUGUUCUGUUAGACAUGUACUGAAGUUCCGCUCUUGAUUAGUUCAGGAGUUUCUCUUUGGGUGUUUUCUAUCUACAUUCUCAUAUGCAAGGUACUUGCUUGUAUUACUUCGGGGUUUUUUUCCAACUACAGUCUAAAUUUUGAAUUCUCAAGUGAAUUGCCUGAGCUGGUUCUGUUCUCAUAUGUAAAAGUUGAUUACAGGGGCUGCCUUUUCUUGUUUCAUUUCAAACUUCUGCGAGAUUUCCAAUAAGUUUUAGCAAUAGUAGUAAACUUAAGCAUCUCAUCACAACAUGACAAGUAUAAACAGUAUUAUGAAAUUACAAACUUUAUCGUUUA